GCGUGGUUCCAAAGCCAUGACUCCUCGUGCUCCAAAUUCUCGCUUCAUAUCAAAAUUAUGACAAUUUCCCUGUGAAAACCAACCAUGUCAGACGACGAAGAUUUGGCUCCAGUUGUGAAAAAACAAAGGAUUCACUUUGGAAGCCUUGAAUCUGUAGAAAGAGAACGAUUGGCAGCUGGGUCGUCCAACGAUAAUGACGAUGAUAGAAACGAUGAUGACGAUCAAGAAGCUGAGGGUGAAGAUAACGAAGUGUCUGCGGCCGUCCUAGCUGGAAUUAGAGCGGGAAAUAUAAAUAUCUCAGAAGGGGAAUACCUAGAGCUGUCAGAAGACCAAACCAGUGAGAGACAUCAGGAACUUUUGGCAGAAUUUGAGAGAAGAAAAAAGGCACGGGCAAUAACUGUACCAACAGAUGAUGCUUCAGUUAAGGCAAGACUCCGAGAAAUUGGUGAACCAAUAACUUUGUUCGGAGAGGGUCCACCAGAAAGAAGAGACAGGUUAAGAAUCCUUUUGUCUGAGCUCGGUGAAGAUGUAUCCUUAGGAAGUAAAGAAGUGGCAGAAAAAUCAAAACAGGAACCAGAAGUUAAAGAAGAGGUGUGGUACCAUGAAGGAGAUCCUGAACUUAAAAUAGCUCGAUUGUGGAUGGCUAAAUACUCUUUACCACGGGCUAGUGAAAGAUUAAAGCAGAUGCGUAUCAAGCAAGCUAGACCUGAUCCUGAGAAGGCUGCCAAGACACAGGAGUUACAUCGGAAGCUACGGGGUCUGAACAACUUUUGUAGUCAAAUUGGUGAUGAUAGACCACUGUCUUACUGCCAGUUCUCUCCAGACUCAUCCAUGCUAGCCACGGCAUCAUGGAGUGGCUUGUGUAAACUGUGGUCAGUUCCUGAUUGUGAACCAAUAGCAGUUUUGCGAGGUCACAAUGAGCGUGUUGGCUCCAUUGUGUUCCAUCCUCAAGCUACACUGUCUUUAGAUGAAUCAGGACCAUGCAUGGCAUCAUGUGAGGCAGACGGUGUUGUGCUUUUGUGGGCAUUGAACAUGGACACACCACUUGCAAACAUUGAGGGACAUGAGAAGCGUGUGUCCCGUGUGGCCUACCAUCCAUCUGGGCGAUUUCUUGCAUCUUGUUGUUUUGAUCACUCCUGGAGGCUAUGGGAUUUGGAACAGCUAAAAGAGGUCCUCCAUCAGGAGGGUCAUUCCAGAGAGGUGUACAGUAUUGCAUUUCAGGUGGAUGGCUCACUUGCAGCCACAUGUGGGCUCGAUGCGCGGGGCCUGGUAUGGGACCUCAGAACGGGUCAGUGUAUCAUGUCCCUGGAUGGACAUCUGAAAAAGGUGCUAGGAAUAGACUUUGCACCUGAUGGAUAUCAUGUCGCUACCGGAAGUGAAGAUCAGAAAAUUAUGAUUUGGGACUUGAGGAAGAGGCAGUGCGUGUACACUGUUCCUGCUCAUACCAACCUUAUAUCACACGUCAAGUUUCACGAUGACUUCUUGGUUUCGGCAUCCUACGACAAAACAGUAAAGGUUUGGUCCCACCCUGGCUGGGCGCCUCUCAAGACUCUGACAGGUCACGAACAGAAAAUAAGCUGUGUCGAUGUUUCACCAGAUGGUCAGUACGUUGUGUCCAGCUCCUUCGAUCGCACAUUUAAGCUGUGGACGUCUGAUUGACGUCUGAUAGACCCCCAACAGAGCGAUUCUGGUAACACACCUUGUCAGUCAUUCCAGAGGACACUAUCAGUUUACAUCCUCAUGAGGUAUUGGUCCCCACCCAUUCACAUACAUGUUGCUGGUCCAAACUUGUGUACGGGGUCACUGAUACAUAGAAAAUGACACUGUAUAUAUUUUUUCAAAUUGCCUCAAUUAAAGUGUUUUAAAAUUUUG